AUGAGUAAUAAUGAAAACGUAAUUUUUUCGGGUGAUGGAAAAGGUUUAUCAUUUCGUAAAUUCAAACACUUACUCUUAUUAAUUCAUGGCGAGGAAAUAUCGAAAGCUGAUAUUAUUAGAAAACUAAGAAACAAUGCAUUGGAAUAUGCCGCAACAUUGGAUACAGACUUAACAGCAAUGGAGAUAAUUGAAGAUCUUAAAGAUGCUUUUGAUAUUGGUGAUAGUGAUGAUUUAACAGAAUUAACAAAGUUGGGAGAAUAUAAAUACAAUACAUUAGAUAUAUUAAUUGGUAAAUUUCUAUCAAAAUGUUCAGCAGUUGAUAUUUCAGAAAAGUUUAAAAUACAAUUGUUUUAUUCAGCUGUUGGUACUGAAUUGGGUAUUAAAAUUACAAAAUGUGCACCAAAAUCAUUAAAAAGAGCAAUAGAUAUUGCAAAGUCUUGUGAAGAUGGUUCAAUUCGUAUCAAAGGUAGAUCAAUGUACACUGGUCAAUUAGUUGCAAAGACGUUGCAAGAAUUUGGUAAUCAAAGAUAUCUAGGUUCGGGUUCGGGUUAUUCUGCAACAUCCCCUCAAUAUGUUACAUCUCAAAACGAACAACAAUCAAUUGAAUCUGAAGAAAUUUCAACACCAAUUUUUAAAAAUCAAUAUUAUAAUCGAUCACCACAAAUGUCACCACAAUCAUCCCCUUAUAAAGCACCACAAAAUCAAGUAAAUUCAAUCACAAAAUUUUGUAAAUAUUGCAAAAAGAAAGGUCAUGUAAUUCAAGAGUGUUGGUCAAAAGAUAAAAAUAAUAAUAACAAUUACAAUAAUAGAACUAAUUCAAUUACAAUGGUCAAUAAUAGUACAAUUAAUUCAAUUGGAAUAGAUAGUAUGAAUGCAGCUUUAUUAAUAAAUAAUAAAAAUGUUAGAGGUUUGAUUGAUACUGGUUCAUCACUUACUAUUGUUUGGGAAAGUAUUGCUAAAAAGUUAAAAUUAAAGAUUGAAAAUAAACAAUAUUCUGUUAAAUCAGCAUCAAAUAAUCAAAUCGAAAUCAUUGGAAUAAGUAACACAACAAUUAAAUUAGGUAAAGCAUUCGCUAGAGUUAAAGUUAAUGUUGUUAAAGAUAAUGAUACAUCAAUUGAUUGUAUAUUUGGCAUUGAUACAAUAAUUGGAUUAAAUUUAGUCAUUGAUUUUAAAGAAAUGAUCAUUAAGAAUCUUGAAUUCAAUGUUGGUACCAAAUUAAUAUCUAAAGAAACCCAACCAUGUAUACAAACUAUAUUUAAAACAGUAUCUGAUUAUUCAAAUAAUAAUAAUAAUAAUAAUAAUAAUAAUAAUAAUAAUAAUAAUAAUAAAUCAUCAAAAUCAGAAUUAUUAACAGAUACUGAUCAUUUAAUUGAAAAUUUUAAUUCUCAUCAUAUACUAUCAAUCAAAUCGUAUCCAACUAUUGAAGAACAACUACCAAUAGAUUACGAUAUUCCAGAAUUCUUAUUCCAAGAACCAAUAGAUUCACCAAUAACAUCAAAUUUACCAUUAAAAUCAAUAUCAUUAAAUCAAACAGAGAAUUCAAUAAUUAAAUCACAAAUAACCUCAAUUCAACCAUUAAUAAGAAAUCCAUGUACAAAUUUAUCAAGAUUAGAUUUUGCUCAUAAUUUCGCUCAAAUUGUUAAUAAUAACCUCAAACGUCCUUGUCUCAUUAAGGAUAAUCUUGGUAAAGACCAAUUAUCACAAAUUAAUAAAAAAGUUUCUCGUUCAAAUAUUCAAGUAGGAGAUUAUGUCUAUUUACAAUCCACUGUUGGUCCAGUAAAGCUCAAUAAAUCUUGGGAAGGUCUUUUCAAAGUACAUGAGAGAGUUAGCGAUUUAAAAUUCAAAUUAGUAUUGGAUAAUAUUAAAAAUCAUGAUGUGUUUUAUAUUAAAAGAUUGAAAAAUUUUUUUCAACUAAAAGGGGGGGAUAUGUAA